AUGAGUGAAUCAAAUAAUAAAAUUUUAAAAGCUGAAAUAGGAAAAAUUAAAAGUUCUGACUUAGAACUAUUUAAAAAUGUUUUAAUACCAUUUAAUGGAUCAGUUGAAGACUAUAAUGAAGAAAAUGAAAUAGCAGUAGUACAAUUUAAAACCGGAAUAGAAAAAAAGCAUUUAGAAGGAUUAGGAAAUUAUAUAGUGAAACCAAUACAAUUUGACUUAAUUGAAACAAAAGAUCAAAAUUUAAGAAAAAGAAAUAUAAAUUUCAUAUAUGAUAGAAUUAUUAUAGAUGAGCAUGAUAUUAUUAACAUUUUUCUAAAUAUUACAUUACUUGCUCCUGUUAUAUUUGUAUUGUUGAGCUUAUUGAUAUUAUCGUCUAUUUUUUAA